AUGAAUGAUGUAGCUUGUACAAAAAUAUCAGAUCCAAACUUGGCAGCAGUUAAAGCAAUUGAAUAUGCAAAGGUUUAUCAAGAGAAAUUACUCUGUGCAUCAUUGUCUGGUGUCACAGCCGUCAUUAACAAAUGUAAAGAAGCCGACAAUUAUUCAAACAUUAUAAAGUUGAUUAAAGAUAGCUUUUCACUUCCCUCUGAAAUUGCAAGUUUAUUUUUGGUAUCUAAGGAUAAAAAAUGUGUAAAUAAUAAUUAUGAUUAUUUCCAAGGUAUCGAUUUGAUUGAAGCAAGAAAGGUAUUCAAGUCAUUACAAGAUUUGGGGAGAGCUGAUGUUCUCCAAUCUCUCAUUGAAUCUUCAACCAAUUUAAGUGCAUCUGUUAAAUUCAAUGCCAGAGCCUAUAAAGAACCAGAUGAAUUAAGAUCAAUUGUCAUUUUAUUUCAAAAUCCAUUAAUAUAUGAUUUGGAAUAUGUAACAGUAUUGACCAAUUUAUUCCAAGCAAUUCGAGCAUUAAAAGAAUUGGAAAUCAAAAGAUUAGAUGAAUCAAAGAAAAAGAAUGUUCCUAUACAAGGUCCUAUUUUAACUUUGAUUCUUCAAGAAUGGUUAUCAACAUUUUCAAAAGAACAUUUUAUACAAUAUUUAACAAACACUCAACAAUUUGUAUCGGUCAGGUUAAUGACUGCAGACAAUAUUACCUUGAAUGAAGAUUUACCAAUUAUGGGUGCAUGUCAAAUGCUCAGUUUAUUAUAUUUAUCAACAGAUUAUUUGAAUUGGAAGGGUAAAGGAUUUAGCUUUACAUCUUGUCCAUUUAUUUUAAAUACAUUAACAAAGAGUACUUAUUUACAAAUUGAUCAUAGAUUGGAACAAAAUCAAUUUAGAGCUCAAGUUCCUGGAUUUGAAUAUGUAGUUUUAAAAGUACACCGAGAGAAUAUUAUAAAUGAUACUUUGAAUCUUAUACAAAAAUAUAAAAGGAGAGAAUAUUUAAGAAGAGAAUUAAAGAUUCAAUUUAUUGGUGAAGAUGGUGUUGAUCAAGGAGGAGUUCAAAAGGAAUUCUUUCAAAUUGUAGUUAGAAGGAUUUUCGACUCUGAAUUUGGAAUGUUUAAAUAUAACGAAUCAACAAGAACCUGGUGGUUCAAUCCAAAUUCAAGUGAUUUAUUAGAGUUUGAAUUAAUUGGUAUUAUACUUGGAUUGGCUCUUUAUAAUACAACAAUUUUAGAUGUACAUUUUCCAACAGCAGUAUAUAAAAAGUUAUUAAAUAUUCCUAUUGGAUUGGAUGAUGUUGAAUCGAUUGAUCCAAUGAUUCAUCAGAGUUUGAUCAAACUACGAGAAUCAAAAGAAGAUGUUUCAGAUUGGAUGACUUAUUUUUCGGUUGAAGUGGAUUACUAUGGACAAACCAAAAUCAUUGAUUUGAAACCAGGAGGAAACGACAUCCCGGUGGACAAUAACAACAGAGAGGAAUACAUCCGACUGUAUACACACUAUCUUUUGGAAUCUUCUAUUGCCAGUCAAUGGGACCACUUUAAAAAAGGUUUUACCCUAGUUUGCGAUACUCCCUUUUUGGCAUUUAUCCGUGCCGAAGAAUUGGAAGAUCUUAUUUGUGGAGUUGAAGAUUUAGAUUUUGAAGAAUUGGAAAAGAAUACAAUUUAUGAAGGUGGUUUUACUAAAGAUGAUUCAACUAUUAUAUUUUUCUGGCAAGUAAUUCAUAGUCUUUCAAAUGACUUGAAAAAGAAAUUUUUAUCGUUUACAACUGGUAGUGAUAGAGUACCAUAUGGUGGGUUGUCGAAAUUACAAUUUUCAAUCACCAAACAGCCAGACUCUGAUCGUUUACCAUCGGCUCACACUUGUUUCAAUGCACUCAUCCUCCCAAGUUAUCCAACAAAAGAAAAGUUGGAAACUCUAUUAUUAAAAGCCAUCCAAAAUUCAGAAGGGUUUGGAUUAAGAUAA